AAAAAAAGCAAACGCAGCGUUUUAGUGCUGCUCUGUUCGUUCAGUGGAGCCCUAAAACGACACACUUCAGUGGUGUAAGCGGCGACGACGAUGAAGGUGGUGGCGCUAGUUAGCGGCGGCAAAGACAGUUGCUAUGCCAUGAUGAAAGCUAUUCACUAUGGCCACGAGAUUGUUGCAUUGGCCAAUUUGAUGCCGCUUGAUGAUUCCGUGGACGAGCUCGAUAGUUACAUGUACCAAACUGUUGGACAUCAAAUUAUUGUCAGGUAUGCUGAAUGCAUGGGAUUGCCAUUGUUCAGGAGGCGAAUACAAGGCUCCUCAAGGCAUCAGGAGCUUGGUUACAAAGAAACUCAAGGUGAUGAAGUCGAAGACCUGUUCACUUUGUUACGUGAAGUGAAAAGGAAGAUACCCUCAGUUACUGCAGUGUCUUCUGGAGCCAUUGCAUCUGACUAUCAGAGAUUGCGGGUGGAAAGUGUUUGUUCAAGGUUAGGCCUUGUUUCUUUGGCAUACUUAUGGAAACAAGAUCAGUCAUUGCUUCUCCAGGAAAUGAUUAAAAGUGGAAUUGUAGCUGUAACCGUGAAGGUAGCUGCCAUGGGUUUAGAUCCUGCAAAGCACUUGGGUAAAGAAUUAGCCUUCUUAACUGCUUAUUUACAUAAAUUGAAAGAAUUAUAUGGAAUCAAUGUUUGUGGUGAAGGAGGGGAAUAUGAAACAUUAACUCUUGAUUGUCCUCUUUUCUCUAAUGCUCGCAUUGUGCUUGAUGAACAUCAAGUUGUGAUGCACUCUUCCGAUGCCAUAGCUCCUGUUGGAAUCCUUCAUCCCUUGGCAUUUCAUUUGGAAUUUAAAGCUGAUGUUCAGCAUUUAAAAUUGCAAGACAACAUACAUGACAUUUGUACACAGAGACUAGGAUCUGUGUAUGAAGUACACGACAGUCUAGAAGGAUGUGAGGCCACAUACAAGCCUCUAGAUUAUAGAGCCGACACAGUGGAUGGCAUAGAACAUAAAUUUAACAUCUCAAGAACAAAUAACAAGGGCACAUUCUCUUUAAGUUUCUGGUUGCAAGAUUCAUGCAAUGGUUUGCAAGAAGACUUGAGGAUUGUCUUAGGGAAAAUUGAAUCACAGUUAUUGGGCCUUGGUUUUGGAUGGGAAAAUGUCCUCUAUAUUCACCUUUAUAUUGAUGACAUGAAUAAGUUCUCUGAGGCAAAUGAGACGUAUGUAAAUUUUAUAAGACAGGAGAAAUGUCCAUUUGGCGUCCCGUCUCGGAGUACUGUUCAAGUGCCACUUAUAGAAUCAGGUUUCAGCAGCGCAUACAUAGAAGUUCUGGUAUCAAACAAUAAAAGUAAAAAGGUUUUGCAUGUGCAGAGUAUUUCCUGUUGGGCACCUAGUUGCAUUGGGCCAUACAGCCAGGCAACCUUGCAUGAGGGUAUACUUCACAUGGCUGGUCAAUUAGGGCUUGAUCCUCCUACAAUGAAUCUUUGCCAGGGAGGCCCUGAUGUUGAACUGGAACAAGCACUAAAAAACAGUGAAGCGGUGGCUAAAUGCUAUAAUUGUUCAGUAUCAACUUCUGCAAUUGUUUUUGUUAUUUAUUGUUCUAAACGUGUUUCAUCAUCAGAGAGACUCGAUAUUCAGGAGAAACAAGAAACAAUUCUUAGGCAGAUGAAGAUCUCCCAUCUGCAGGAAGCAAACACCUACAAAGGGUUGGAUCCCUUGUUCCUAUAUGUUCUAGUUCCUGAUCUACCUAAAAGAGCAUCCGUAGAAGUAAAGCCUAUUCUUUAUGUUGAGGAUGGAACAGAUACAGUACCUGAGGCAUUAACAGAAAGAUCUAGAUCAGAGACACCAUCACAUUAUUGGGGUUUCAAGCCCGAAAAUUGGCAUGAUUCUUGCAUUCAGAAAUGCGUGGUUUCUGGAAAGAUAUGUGCCAUUAUACUGAAUAUUACAAGUGAGCUGGCAACGAAGAUAUGUUUUGAUUCCCAGCCUGCUGAUAAUGUGAAUAAUGGUCAAUAUUCUCUUCCUAAGGCAUAUAUGGAGAAGAUCUCGAAGUUCUGCAUUUAUCUUCUUGACAAAGUUAUGACUGAUAAUGACUUCACCUGGGAAGAUAUAAUGAGUUUGAGGUUCUACAUCCCGGAAAGCCUUCAAAUGUCAGUGCAGGUAUUACAAUCUAUGUUCUGCAAUGCACUUUUUGAACUUUCGGAAAUGAGUCACAAUAACUUCAAAAUGGCGAGGAGCCAAUCUUCAACAUAGUUCCUGUCAUAGGUGCUGGGAAGUCUGCCUCAUCCAUGGACGAUGUAGUAACCUGCGAAUUAUUGGCUCGGAAAUACUGAGUAUAUCAUAUCUAUACUUUCUGAAAAUACUCUGAAAUGACUGUGGCUCAGUUACUGUGCACUUUACUAGCUGAUAUACAAUGUUUUAUUUUUUAAAUACAAAAUUGAUUCGCCUUUUCUAAAGCAAAAACAAAGACAGUUUCAUUGAAAUAGGUUUUGUCGAUGACUUGGUGUAUAAAAAGUUGGGAAAUUAUGUUCAUCAUUCCCAAUAUGAAACUUUGGAGCCGUUCUUUUAAUUUAAAGAAUUACAUUAUAAUGUGCA